UCAGAGAGGGGGGCUGGCGUAAAUCUAACAUAACCAUUCAAAACCCAACAGAGGGAAAAGAACUUUCCGUAUCCAUCACAGCACUUCACCGAGGCACCAGCAGCACGACCAGCAGCACUUACUUACCCAUAAAGCGACCAAGAUGGCCCCUAUCUCCAUCAAGACUGUUUUAAUCAGUGAAAGUGUGGACCCCCGCUGCAGGGCCAUUCUGGAGGAAAAUGGCAUCCGAGUGACGGAGAAACAGAACAUGAAGAAAGAUGACCUAAUCGCGGAGAUAAAGAACUAUGAUGGCCUCGUGGUUAGAUCUGCAACCAAGGUAACGGCUGACGUCAUCGAUGCUGCUGAUAAUCUAAAAAUCAUCGGGAGAGCGGGGACCGGUGUGGACAACGUGGAUGUUGAUGCUGCCACUAAGAAGGGUAUUAUUGUCAUGAACACACCAAGUGGCAACACGAUCAGUGCGGCGGAGCUGACAUGUGCCCUACUGAUGAGCCUCUCAAGACACGUGCCUCAAGCCGCGAUGUCCAUGAAACAAGGCAACUGGGAUCGCAAAAAGUUCAUGGGUGCAGAGCUGUAUGGAAAGGUUCUUGGAAUAGUCGGUCUUGGAAGAAUAGGAAAGGAAGUCGCCUCAAGAAUGCAGUCAUUUGGCAUGAGGACUAUCGGCUACGAUCCAAUCACUCCUCCUGAGGUGACAGCCAGCUGGGGGGUGGAGCAGAUGUCUCUGGAGCAGCUCUGGCCGCUGUGUGACUACAUCACUGUCCACACUCCCCUGAUGCCCUCUACUGUCGGUUUGCUCAAUGAUAAAUCAUUUGCUAAAUGCAAGACAGGAGUGAAGGUUGUGAACUGUGCACGAGGAGGCAUCAUAGACGAGGACGCUCUCCUCAGGGCGCUGCAGACCGGACAGUGUGGAGGAGCGGGGCUCGAUGUCUUUGUUGAGGAGCCACCUAAGAAUCGCUCACUGAUCGACCAUCCUAACUGCAUCAGCUGUCCUCACCUGGGAGCCAGCACCCAGGAGGCUCAGGCUCGCUGUGGGGAGGACAUCGCCCUGCAGAUCGUGGAUAUGGUGAACGGCAAGAAGCUGGUUGGAGCAGUAAAUGCACAGGUUUUGGCUAGCACGUUCUCCCAGGACUCAAACCAGCUGAUCAAACUGGGUGAAGCUGUCGGAGCCGUGCUGCAGUCGUGCACUGCUGCUGAGAAACCGUUCAGUCAUGUCAAAAUCACCACUCAAGGGGAUUGCAUGAAGUCCUCCACUAGCUUCAUGACUUCUUCAGUCCUUGUUGGACUUCUGAAUCCUAAAUCUGGCUGCUGCCCGAAUCUCAUAAACGUACUGAGCCUUGCCAAGGAGUCUGGAAUCACGGUCAACCAGAGCCACUGUGCAUCAGACGAGGCUUCCAGCGGUGUGUGUAAGGUGGAGGUCAUGUCAAACAGCUGCAGCUACAAAGCCAGUGGUUCAGUUCAAGGUGGUGUGCCGGUGCUGCUGGAGCUGAGUGAGAGUGUGUUCAGGCAGCCCGUCUCUCUUACCGGAAAUCUACUGUUCUUUAAGGCCUCUGCAAACCCUCAGCUCCUCUCCUCAGUGGCUGGAUGUCUGGCCUCAGAGGGAGUGGAGAUUGAGUCCUUCAGUGCUCCGGCAGACCGCACCGGGGAUCUGUGGUACUGUGUGGGGAUCUCCUCCCUCCUCAGUGACCUCGGUGCCUUGAAGCCUCUGGUGAAGGAUGCUGCACAGCUCACCGUGUAAUACCAGUGGAAAAAGCUACGUGGAGAAAUCUCCACAUUCUCAAGAGUGUCUAACCUCAAUGAUCCAUCUUGGUCCCUAUGUUUACAACUAACAACUUGUUUAGAAGUUGAACUUUUGAUAACAUUCCAAUGUUUAGAUGGUUAACAUGCACUUUGUUUGAGUAAAUAAAAAUGAGAUGAUUCUGUCAUGUGCUGUGUGAAAUAAUAAAGUACACUAACUCAAACUAC